UAACGCAAAUUUGACAAAAUCUGUAUCGUAUGAUAUGCGUUGUCGUCAUCGUCGUCGUGUAUGUGAGUAUUUAUUACUAAAAUGUGCACCCUGCUUCUUUCCUUGCUCUUCUUCUCUUUUUCUCCUCCUUCAAAAAGAUCCGUAAAGAAGCCCACUAGGAUGAAAGAGAAUGAGAGAAGAGGGACAUGCACAUGGAAAAAGAAGGACCCUACGACAUACAAUAGAACCCUGCAAGAAUCUAAGCGAGUCAUACAAUAAGAUUGAGCUGCUUAAGUAUCUGUACUAUGUAGUACAAAGUAUUGGAGGUAUAUGUUUUUUUAUCCUGGUACAAUAUACACCAGAGAGAGAUUACAUACAAACAGAAAAAGAAAGUUGGUGGAAAGGGAGAAAGGCAGGAGGGCAUAAGAGAAAGAGGAUCAUUUAUUGCCUUGUAUUCUGUACCUAUUUUCUUGUUUGGCAUACUGUACGAGUUGUCAAUACAGAUGCUCCUUUUAUGACCACUUAAAUUCACUAAUUCUCCCGUGCCCAACCACCACCGUCCACCUCUCCCUUCCCUCUCAUACGUGUCCCUUCCUUAUCGG